GAGAAAGAGAGGGGGAGAGAGAGAGAGAGAGAGAGAGAGAGAGAGAGAGAGAAAGUGCGACGGACAAUGCAUCACAUGACGAUAGAACUGUUUUGACAGCUGGUCGUUUCGUACGCGGCGGCGAUUUAUUUAUUAUUUUUAUUUUUUAAGCAAACAACGAUAUGGUUUUUCAUUGGCUCUUUCUCGAGGCGAGAGAUGGCCGGAUCAUCGACACAAAUACUCCAAUAAUAGCGGUAGUUCGAAAUAGGCGUUACGGCGCGCCGUCCGACGCGUUGGAAAUAAAUUCGCAAGCUCGGAAUAAACAGAUGAUAUGACAUCUCGAAAGAGAGAAAGAGAGAGAUAGAUAGAAAGAGAGAGAGAGGCGGUGAUUCCCCGGUGGAGGACAAGCGCAGGUUUUACGUCGAGAAUCGUUCAUGCCAAAGAGGUGACAAACUAUAGUUGGCUUCUUUCGAUCAAGAGGAUCGUUUGCUCGACUUAAUUGGCGUGUACGCGUCUGGCGCGCGUCCGCUUGAAAAGUAACUAUAAUUUAGAGCAGAUCAACUUAUUACUCAAUCGCUCGUUCAUACAUCCAAAGGCAUUUUACUAUGAGCGACGCAGCGUCAUGUCUGCACGUUCCAAGUCGCGUUCCAUUCAGGAAAAUCGCGGCUCGCCGACGCGCAAGUCAACGUAUUUACCAUUCUCUCUCGCUCGAAAUAUUGAAAUUGCUAUUUAAAAUAAAGUAUAUGUACAAUUUUAAAUCUACUCGAAUGUCAAAUAGUAAUCGAGAUUUUUUUCAUUUGCAGACAUGCACGGCCAUCAAAGUAUCGAUCAUAUAUCUUUUCCUUCAGCACGAAAAGUUUUUUUUUAUAUUUAUAUUUGUUCAAUACCAAUUAUAUUUUCUGUUGUUCAAAUGAAAAAGUGAUAGUCAUAUUAUCAUUAGUGUUAUAGUAGUAUAUUUAAUAUAAAGAGAGAUUGUUUUUAUUGACGAAUUCAAUUGAACUUUUCACUCUUCACGAAUUCGUGCUGGAGAAAAAGAUACAUGAUCGAUAGAUCAAGAGUUGAAAACGCCACGGAGCUUGACUGAAAAGCGCGCCCCAGCCGUACGCGACCGAGAAGAUUGGGAAAAAAAGAUUUGGUUGGAUUAACCAAGUUUUUGUGACCAACAUAUUAUGAUGAAAAAACAAAUCCGUUUCAAGCGUUGGCAGUACUUGAACACUGAAGUUGCCGGCAUCGUCGUCAUGGCAACCAUUACCAUGGCGGCGUGUAAACAAAUAUGAACUGCAUCCGUGACAGUUGCAAUCGUUACGCGACACUGAUUGCAAUUAUUCUCCCGUCAUUCGCGGGCGCGAUUAACGUGAACAAUGACGUGCUCGAGUACUGGAUACCGAGUUCCUGCAGGUAUGACGAGUACUUCGAUACACUCUCCUUAUCGUGCUCGCGAUGUAACGCCAGCAGGAAUCUUGAGCCGGCCACGAAUCGUAAGUUUUUCACAUUUUAUUUUCUCAUGAUAUACUUAUCUGAGCUUCACGCAGGUUUGCAAUGCACGUGCAACAUAUUCAGCAGGACGAUCGGCUACGAGAACGGCAAUCCUCUUUGUGCCGCUUGCGGCCCCGACAUGAUCGCGACCGCUGAUGGAAGGGAAUGCAUCCUGCGCCCGAAUGCGACAUGCAAAUGUUCUUCGAAUCAAAUAAGACUGGACAGAAAUGUGAACGGCAUAUUGUUGGACACAGUGCUUUGUGUAACAUGUGUCCAAGGUACGUACCCAUCCGUCGACUGUUCCAAAUGCUUGCCGUGCGACGGCCGCGAGUAUAGCGGUCGUGCGAAUUGCGUGUGCCCGAGCGCGACGCACGUAAGACUACGGAAUUACUGUUUGCGCAAGGACGACGUUGCUGACUGGCCUGAUGUCAGAAGCACGUAUCUGAUGAAAUUUCAAAGCGAGAACGUGGACAGUUAUUACCUGCGAAGUGAAUUGCAAGUAGCAGUGCAUCUCUGCAAGAGGAAAGACAGAAUGGCGUGCGAACAUUUGUCGAAUAUAUGCGCCCUGACUCUCUACACGGAUGGCAUAGCUUGCAUGCUUUUUAUGCACACACCUUUGGCACCGGUGUGGUUGUUCUACAGCAAGCAAGACACUGUGUCGAUACUAAACGACACGAAGAUAACUGAGAGAUACAGUCUCAGAAGAGGAGAUAAUAGCAGUAUCCUCGACUUCGCAAUAGCCAAGUUCUCGUUGAACGGCAAAUUCUUGUCCAUCGGCAGGCCCAGUCUUCCUUGCCAGCUUUUGAGAAAUGUGAGGUUCGGUGUGAAUUACAACAAAAAAUGCAAAACCACCGCUAUCGAACUAUUGAACGCACAAGUGGAGUUAUUAUCUCCCUAUUUAAUAUUCAAGGACGGCAAUAAGUCUUUCACGCACUCGUUACCUGUGAUCGUCAAAUCUGCGGGAGAAAAUAUUGGCGAAAUCUUGCAACAGCAGUUAGUGCGAAAAUUUUUUCUAGUCGACAAUGUAAGCGGCUUCAAGACGUUACCCACGUUUAUGAACAUUGGAUUCGCGAAAGCGUCGGAGCUCUCUGUCCUUCGAUACAUGAAGUCUCUAACUAUUUUAGUGAACGUUCAGAACGGAGAAGAACAUGGCAAAAUCUUUGCGCCCUUCUUAAUCGUACAGUACGACGAACUGACACAACAGGAUCUUCUCAAUAAUCCAGAUGUCGUAAUAGAAUAUAAAGUUACAUUCACAUUGAAGGACAGUGACGUGGACUACAAUGUGCAGAUAACUAUUGGAGUGCUGACGGGGGUAGCUCUGAUAUUUUCCACGAUCAGGGCAGGGAGUUAUUACAAGCGCAAUCACAACGGCAAUCUUAGUAUAACCGUUUUAUUGUGGUUCCUGGUCUACGCAAUGGGCGCUGUUGGGAAUGUCAUCACUUUUGUGUGCAUCAGCGCGUGCGUGUAUUUGUUCGUCUUUUACAAAGGCCAAACUGUACCGUACAUUUUACUUCCCGGCGAUACCAAUGAAAAAAGAAUCCAGAUAUACAUAAGUGUAGCAUUCAGCUUCAAAAUUGUAGAGAUGAUAGGCUUCAUCUGUCAGCACUGGGAUUUAAGUAUAUUCUUCGUUGACUGGGAGCAACCGAGAACGAUACACAAUCAAGUGAAAUACGACUCGCCGCAUACCUCCCUGCGAAAAUUAUACGCCAACAGAUUUCCACGUAGCGACGGAGCAUCCACAAGAAUAUCGUCGGACAUCAUCGCAUCCAAGAGAAAGAAAAGAUUGCGUAAAACAGACGGAAAUGCGAGCCCGAGCGGGAUCUCAAAGUCUUCCGCGACUGAUAAGUACGCGCCGGACUUCUCUUCCGUUUGCUCACUGUCGAGGUCGCCUUUGCAGGAGGCAGCAGAGCAUAAUUACACUCACAACCUGCCGAUCAGCGUCUGGAGGACCUACUUUGUCGCGAACGAAUGGUGUAAACUGCAGACUAAACGGAGAAUAAACGUAGCGUUGCAGUCGAUUUACACUCUGUGCGUUUUGCAGAUAUUCGACUUGGAGUCGUGGAUGCUGGCGGUACCGGAAGCGAACGUUGCAGACAAAUCUGAAGUGAAGAAUAAUUUUACGCUGCAAUACGCGAUUUGUACGUUUGUAUAUAUAUCUGUGUACUUUAUACAAUGGUUGAUCCGCAUCAUGUUUUAUGAGCGGUACAUCCGGAACAGAUUGCAGAAAUUCGUAGACUUGUGCUCAGUUGCGAAUAUCAGCGUACUCAUUUUGGCGCACAAUUAUUAUGGUUUCUACAUCCACGGCAGAUCUGUACAUGGAUAUGCGGAUACCGAUCUUCCUACGCUAAUAAACGACUUAAAGAAGGAGGAGGACAACUUGUGCGCACAUAGAGGCCUGGUACCUGGAACGACCGAGCAGACUUUUAUAGUAUCAUUGACCCAGUCUUUCAAAUCUUUGUACGACGAGCUUAUGAAGCAGAAGGAUAAUGGAAAUAUAGGAGCAUUCAGAAGUAGUGAAACACCUUCUAAAAGCUGGAAACAAUUGAACGAAAUCAGAUCGAAAGUGAGAAUAUUUCUGACACAAUUCCUAGAUCAUUGCUCAGAAAGUGAGGAUUAUAUAAUUAAGGAACAACAUAUAUUGGAGAAACUGUGCGAUGUUUUUUUCCAAGAUGCCAAAGAUAAAUCUGUCUUCUAUAUCGAUAACAAUUAUUCCUUCAACAGAGUGAUACUUUACGGAAACGAAUGGCUACUAGCGACCUUUGAGAUCACCGUAUUCGCGUUCUUUCUGGCAUUGUACGGCACUUAUGUACUCGCCUGUAUAACGACAGUUCUCGUAUCGCAGUUAUUUCUGAUAAUCAUCAGAUUUAAUGUUAAGAGAAAUCUCUGCAACAAGUCAUUAUUGGAUAAGAGAUUUUUAAUGUAGAGGUUGUAAAAUUAAUUAUAACUAAAUUAUGGCUAACUAAAUUAUAAUAGAUAUAACUUAUAAUAAAUAUUAUAACAUAUUAAUAUUAAUAGUUAUUACUUCAAAUUUGUUUCGCAUGAGAUAUUCAAAUCUGAAUUUAGAAUUAGAUCUGUUUCUCAGUUAAAACAUAUAUAUAUAUGAC